CUUAACUGUAUUAACGAAUUAUUAAAUCUUCCCCAAUCACCAACGCCCAUUUCAUUUCCCUCUCUGUUUUCUUCUAUAAAAAUUUUAAAUUUUGUUAAUUUUUCACUAUAAAAUUUGCUCAAAACAUAGUCUAUGGUAUAUACAGAGAUUUAAUAAUGUCUGCUUCAGUUCAAGAUUUAGAAUCUUUACUUCCGGUUCAGUUUCUUACAGAUGAAAUGGAGGUUGAUCAGAGUAGCCAAGAAGAUGAUUUCUUGUUCUGUUUGACUCAAAAACUCACUCAGCAACUCGCUACAAAGAAUCAACAGUCUACGAAUUGGGUUAGGCCUGGAUCGCCCGAAUCUGUACUGUCCGGGAACGGAAGUUGGUCUUUCUCUAGCAAUGGUAGUUUAAACGAUUCUUGGCAGCUGAAUCAGAAUCAUAUGAUGCAAGAACGUGAAAUAAAGGCUCAGUGCUCUUCAUCACCGUCAACUUGGGGGAAAAAGCAGGUUAAACCGAAGACUCAUCAACCAAACCGGCAGAUCCAGAGCAGAUCAGGAGGAAGAAGAAGUAGUACUGUUGGCUAUGAUAAUGGAAUAUGUACACGACCUUUAGGUCUGCCACCGUCUGCUUGGCCGCCUUUGCAGCUGAACAAUAAGCCGGGUUUAGCUGGUUCGCAGCAGCCGAGUUCCGAUAAUUAUGGAGGUGUUUCUGUAAAUCGAUCCGGUGCUAAACGAGAGUGUGUUGGUACUGGAGUUUUCUUGCCUCGGAGAUAUAGCAAUGAUAAACCUAAUCACAGCAAGAAAUCAGCUUGCUCUUCAGUUUGGAUCCCAUCGAAGGCUAUUGACACUAAUUGUGAGAACCUAAACAUGCAACCAAAUCCCCAGCGAUAUUUUAAGACUGAUUACGCAUCUGAUUACGAUUCUGUGAUGGCAAAAAGAAAUUCCCAUUUAACAAAUCAAAAUGGAAAUUUACAAAUUGAUCAUGAAAUAUUACAAUUGCCUCAAGAGUGGAUUUAUUAAAUUAAUAACUUCAAGAAAUGUGAAGAUAGAUUUUACUAGAGGUAGAAGAAGAUUCUAUAGUUUCAACUUAUUUACAAGAAAGCAAUAAGAUAAAUAUGGAGAAAGUUGCAUCAAAUUAUUUUUAGAUAAAGAAAAAAAAUAAGGAAAGGACCAAAGUGGCAGCAAAUUAAGAAUGUUGGUUUUAUUGUAAGCUUAGUACUAAUAAGUGGUUUAUGUUGUCCUGUGUCUAUUUUUUUAUUAAAUUAAUUGUGGGUGCAAUGUAUCUUUUAUUUAAAUUAAUUUGUAUCUAUGAUAUUUUUUAGAGACUAUCUUUUUUA